UGCUACCGUGUGACAAAAAGAAAACAACGUCGCGUCCGGGAUAGAGAAUUUUUAACUAUGUGGCAAUGUGCUGUUGUCAUCGGUUCUUUUGCUUUAAAGUUAACGUUUUCCGGUCAAUUUUGUACUGCCAAACAUUUACCAAUUUGAUUUUAUUGGUGGCACACAAAUAUGUUCGAGAGAGUGUUUAGAGUUUGAAAAGCAAUAUUUUAUAUCUUAAAUUUUUGACAUGGCUCGAAGCUUUCUAAAGAGUAGUCUUGAGAACGCUACAUUUAACAUAGUUUUCCAGAUCCUGUUCCGAUGUAUCACGUUUGUCCUGAACGCGUUUGUGCUGCGGUACGUCAGCCAGGCGGUGGUUGGCGUGAUGAACGUGAGACUGCUGCUGCUCGAGUCGACCAUCUUGUACCUGAGCAGGGAGGCGUUCCGCCGGGCGUGCCUCAGCAAGACGACGGAGCACAACUGGGCACAGGUCGUCAACCUGCUGUGGCUGACGGUGCCCCUGUGCCAGCUGUGCUGCCUGGUGUUUGGCUACGUGUGGCUGCACGUCCUGGAACCGCCCAGCGAGGACAUCACGCAGCACUACGCCCUGGGGGUCUGGUCCAUCUGCGUCAGCUGCGUCGUCGAGAUGUGCUGCGAGCCCGUCUACCUCGUCUCCCAGGCCUUCCUCUUCGUCAGGCUCAAGGUGGUCCUAGACACCGCGCUGGUCCUGGUGCGCACGGCGAUCUUCGUGCCGCUCAUCGUGCACAGCCCGAACCGCGCCGUCGUGGCCUUCUCCGUGGCGCAGCUGGCCUCUGCCACCGUCUACUCCCUCGGCUUCUACGCGUACUUCUACGCGUACAUCAGGGACCGCAACCGGAGGGCCGCGCUCCGCAAGAAGGACGGCCCCGCCCCGGCGGACGACCCCGACGACGACUUCCCGUUCAGGUCCCUGUACGACUUCCUGCCGGCCAAGGUCGACGGUUUGCCGCCCAUCGACCGCCGCCUGGCCGCCCUCACCUGGAGCUUCUUCAAGCAGGGCGUGCUGAAGCAGGUGCUGACGGAGGGCGAGCGCUACGUCAUGACGGUGUCCUCGGUGCUGAGCUUCCGCGAGCAGGGCAUGUACGACGUGGUCAACAACCUGGGCUCCCUGGCGGCCCGCUUUCUCUUCCGCCCCGUCGAGGACGCCGCCUACUUCUACUUCUCGCAGAUGGUGCACCGCGACGCUUCCAUCCAGGAGCAGAACCAGAAACACAUGGCGGAGUCGUCCGGCGUGCUGCGCCGGCUGCUGCGCUGCAUCGCCAGCCUGGGGCUGGUGAUCCUGGUGUUUGGCCAGUCGUACGCCACGCUGCUGCUCGCGCUGUACGGGGGGGCCCGUCUCGCCCGCGGCCCGGGCCCCGUGCUCAUGAGGUUCCACUGCCUCUCGGUGCUGCUGCUCGCCGUCAACGGCAUCACCGAGUGCUACGCCUUCGCCACCAUGAGCACCGGCCAGCUCGACAGGUACAACUUGCUCAUGGCCGUGCUGUCCGUGUCGUUCCUGUUCGUGUCCUGGGCCCUCACGACGCUGCUGGGUGGCGUGGGCUUCAUCCUCGCCAACUGCUGCAACAUGGCGGCCAGGAUCGCUCACAGCGUGAUCUUCAUCCGAGAUAAGUACAGCAGCACGGCGUACAACCCUCUCUCCGGGCUGGUCCCGGGCCGUCUGUUCCUCCUGGCCCUCUUCGCGGCCGGAGUCGUCACCAAGAUCUCCGAGGAGUACUUGUUCGAAGACCACAAGCUCCUGCACUUGUGCAUCGGCGCCGCGAGCUUCGCGGUGGUGCUGCUGUCGUGGGCGUACGAGGAGCGGGAGCUGGUGGCGCUGGGCGUCGGCAAGUGGCGCCAGCGGCGAGCGUCUCUCAAGCAAGACUGAGUCGCGGCGAUGUUUCACAGCCCCCCUGCCGGUUCGGAUCUCGUGUCCCGAGAGACAGCUCCCGAGACCACCGUUUCCGAGUGGAACUCCACGGAUGCAGAACCCAAAAAUAUUUUUUUUUUAUAGGAAGCAAAUGAUUUUUCAUAAGUUUUUUUUUUUUUUUUUAGUACCAAAGAUUAUACUUUUUACUCACAGAUUUAUUUAUGAUAACAUGAUUGCAUUCCUGAAAACAUUCACACUGCAAAAAUUAAUCACACCUUGGAUUACCAACAUUUACUAUUCCAACCUUAAGAUUCCUUUCUAGUUUCGUAUUACUUUGCCGGACCUCAUAUUUUAAUUGCAUUUAUCUGUAACAACUAAGUACACAGGCAUGACUAGUAUUUAGUUUGGCAGGCCUAUAUAAUCAAGUAGAUUACAAUCCAUCCAUUAUAUGCAGUUGAGAGAACCGCUAUUUAGAUGUGCCUAAGUAAUAGUGAGAUCAAUAGCAUUAACAUUCUAAUCAUAUUACAUUCAGUCCGUACAAAUUAUCUACAACACAAUAGGUUUUUAAAGACAACACUUACACUAGUAAUUUUGUUAACUUUCAUGUUUCUCUUCUAAUUGCCUUAGCUGUUUUAUCUUUUAGAUUUGUGUGAUUUUAAGAUGAUAGUUUUUAUUUUAGGUGUGUUAUUGUGUUUGAUAGAACAUUUGUGAAGCAGCAUGGAAAUGGUAGUAAGGAUCUUAGUUGUGGAUACUACAGUUAUUUACAAAGAUUGGUUGUGACUGAAAAACCUCUGGAAGGGUGACAUAACCAUUGUUAUAUUUAAUAUUCUUCUUUUGAUAUGAAAUUUGAGUAAACACAGCCCAAGAGUGUGUUUGCUUAAAUAAAUAAAAAAUAUGACUAUAAAUAUGUAUAUUAUGUAAAUAAAUCUAUACAUAGAAUGCUGUUGCAACAAGACUGUAAUGGGACUUUUUUUUUCUUCUUCUCUGAAUAAAGAUAGCUUUUUUUUUGGUAAAAAUGCAGAAAAAAAAUAUUUGUAAAUUUUGAGUACAGUGUUUGGAUUUACUGCAAUGAUAUUAUCAAAUUUCCAUCCCACAAUUCCAGUCAGCUAUGUAUUUGUGACUGGCCGUCAGACCAAUUGACUGUAAUGUAUAAGUGUUGGUCACAUCCACAUGCUAUGGUUUCCCCUACGGUAAGGCUUAACUACUGUAGGUGCCGACGGUUCACACCUUCAGGCUUGGUGAGCCAUUCUGUUCAUGUGUUAAUUUGUUUUACUUUAUUUUCCUGAAGCUUGCAUUGCAGCAACAAACUCUUCGAAUUUAUUUUGCUAUCUUUGGAAUGAAAAUAAAAAAUUUGAUUUCUGAA